CUACUGCCCUGCGCACAGAAGCACACCAACAGAGACACUCGUUUUGUUUUCUUUCUGGUGCUCCCGCACACUCAUACUUACAUGGGUACAUUUGGAUGUCUCCCUUGAUGAUACGGCAGAUUCGCAGUAGGGAUGCACACAUGUAGCCCAGCACCACAGUGAAGAUGCAGCCGGUGACAAUGGCGCCCGUCUGGAGCGCCGACAGAGCUGCCUCCCCGCCCGCAACCGACAACGCAGUGGCUGUCGCACCCUCGGUAAGCGCCCAGAACACUCGCGUGCUGAAAAACGCAGCGGCCAAUGAAAACAAACAUACACGAGACAUGUGUGUGUAGAUGUGCUUACAGGACGGUUGUGUGUAUGUUGCCGUUGUCUGCGAGUGAGUCGAUGAUUAGGGAGCCGCUGUCGUUGGUGGUCAGGAAGUAGAUGAGCAGGGCGACCAGCGACAGGAUGCACAGGAGGUAGCCCAGGCCAUCGUAGUGGCCCAGCACGUCAUACCACAUGUCGGUCGUCUUGCGGCAACUCAGACGCACGAGGGACGCGCCAUCCACCUGCAUGCGCAGAGAGAGUUGCAUGGAUGCAAAUGGACUUUCUCCUCUUCCGUGAUGACUUACAGGAGUGUCACAGUCGAUUCCCUGCAGCGCGGCUUCCCUCUCCAUCCGCAGGCCGGCCCCGCCAAAGACGGAGAACCAGAAGAAGGUGUAGACGACGGGAGCAGCCAUCGCACCUGCGCGAAGAAAGAGAAAUACUCAGGUAUGGACUCAUGUGGGUGGGGCUCUGUGAGUCUCAGUCACUCACUCACUCACUCACCGGCUAUGACUUGCUUGAUGCUGCGUCCCCUGCUUAUGCGUGCGAUAAAGAGACCCACAAAUGGAGCGAAUGCCGUCCACCAUCCCCAGUAGAACAGAGUCCAGUCGUUCAUCCACGUGGGAUUGGCGCCAGCACCGUCGCUUGACAGCCCCAGCUAACGAGCGACAAGACAACAUCACACAGAGGGAGACAAAUGUGUCUCGGAAGCUUUGCUUCUUUCGAGCUCUGGGGCUUACUUGUACGAAUGCGUCUGUGUGUGUGCCGAUGGCCAGGAGCUGCUGAAAAUAGAGCCCGAGAUUCUGCACAUAGAUGUUCAAAAUGUACCUGAAGCAGAGAAGAGAAGCAAGUACACACAUGACACAUGACGUAAUGGUCCUCUUCAGUGAUAAUAUACCAGGUGUCGUCAGCGAAGAGCACCACGAUAAGAAUGAAGUUGCCCAGCACGAAACACAGCUCAGAAAGGAACUUGAUGCCGGCCUUCAAACCUGACCACACAUACACACACGGAAGGCCACAACUCACACACAGCUUGCACACAUCCAUCUGUGCCUCUCUCCCCUUCCCUCUGUUGCAUACCCGAGACGACGGACGCGAGAGCCAGAAGGGUGAUGACCCACAGUAGAAUCAAAUUGUUGGUGAGAUUGUUGACGUAGCCAGGUAUGUACCUGAACGCAUGAAGGGACGGCAGCAGGGGACGAGCAUGCAGUCAGUCAGUCACUACGGUAACGAACGCAUGAACCAUUCAAUCAAACAUGAACAACGGUACGCCAGGCACGACACAGGGAAGAGGUGAAGAAGGGAUGACGGUGCACACACGCAUCCCUUCCGUGAGUGAGUGCUUCUCACCGCUGCAUCCCUUGAGACAGAGCCAUGACGCCCAAACCGAGAGACGUGCACACUCCAAAUAUCU